UACAGUACCGUGGCCCUGUCAGAGCAGUCCAGACUUUACAGGGAUCACAUACAGGAGUAUCAGAUACAGGAGGAUUGCAUACAGGAAGAGGAGAGGAAGAGAAGAAGACAGAAGCCUGAGGAGACUGACAGAGAGUGUCAGAGAGAGGUGUGACAAGUAGAGAAAAAAUUGUUUUUGAGUCAAGUCAGGGAGAGGAGGCAGGGGGAGCUCAGAGAGAGAGCUGUCCAAAGAAGUGGAAGAGAGAUCAAAGUGCAAAGAGAUCAACAGUGAAAAAAAACUCGGUGAGAAAACAAAAAAUAGACAUCUACAAUCGGUUUGAGUAGGUUAAAAGGUAGAACCACCGUACAGUACUGUACUUGACAGCCGGAUUUGACCAGAACUAGCAUCGCCAUGGUGACCCUGGACACGCGGACCCUGACGGUGCCCGUGGGCAUCGUGAGAAUGCUGGAGGUGGUCCUCACCUGUAUCUCCUUCAGCCUGGUGGCCUCGGUGGGUCACUUUGGCUCAUCCUACUGGGCCUGGUGCAUGUUCACCUGGGUCUUCUGUUGCUUCGUCACCCUCCUCAUCCUCAUCAUGGAGUUCACCACCCUCAAUGCCCGGGUGCCCAUCUCCUGGGACGACUUCACCACCGCCUUUGCCAUGCUGUCCACGCUCAUGGUGCUGGCUGCCUCCAUCAUCUACCCCACCUUCUUCACAUGUGUCUCCUGCGGGAAGCAGAUCGCCGCCACCGUCAUUUCCUGUCUGGCCUUCCUCUUGUACGCCACGGAGGUGGGCCUGAUCCGGGCCAAACCCGGCGAGAUCAGCGGCUUCCUCUCCACCGUCGCGGGCCUCCUCAAGGUCCUCGAGGCCUUCGUGGCCUGCAUCAUCUUCAUCUCUCUGGACCAUGGCUCCUACUCGCGGUUCCCAGGGCUCCAGUGGUGCGUGGCGGUCUAUUCGCUAUGUUUCAUCUUCGCCCUCAUCAUCAUCCUCUUCACUAUCUGCCGUCUGCUGUCGCUCUUCCCGUUCCCGUUCGACAAGGUGCUGACGGGCUACAACGUGCUGGCCGUGCUGAUGUACAUGACGUGCGUGGUGAUAUGGCCUCUCUAUAGCUUCCAGAACAACCACAGCAGACCCAGCGGGUGUGGCCGCAACUGCUACUGGGAUAACCAGGUUGUAGUGGCGUUCAUGACCUGUUUCAACCUUGUGGUUUACAUUGUGGACACGGUCUACUCUUUCAGGCUGGUGUUCUUCGUCACCCCGGCUUAGGACAAAGGUCAAAGGUCACCCACCUUACCCAACCUGAGAACUGGCCCUGAAACACAGUGCCGGAUCUUAAACAAUAGACUGAACUUUGCUUUUGUAUAAAUACAGCAAACUGUAACCAUGCUGUUUUUUUGGAACACUAAUUGGUAUUGGGAGAACGUCUCUGUAUGGUGGAUAAUAACCGUUUUACUGGGCAAGAUUACAUUGUGAAUGAUAAUGCUUCUUCAUGAAUGAAAUGGGGUUAUAAUACUGCUAGCAAUUCACAAACCAUAAGGUGGAUAAGAAUGUUCUGAAUGCUUGGAUCCGUACGUAGAUUCAAUGUAUAUUUUGUCUUCCCGUCUUUAAAAUACACAAGGAACUAUGCAGUGUGCCCUACGCAGUCCACAUGGGCUGUAAUCAAAGUGAAUAGAAAGAUCAAAGAGCUGUUCUUGAUAUGUUCAUUUUAUUCUCCAACUAUGUUACACCUUUGUCAUGGCCCAAAUAAAAACAGAUCUGCUAUGCAGUUG